CGCGCUUCACUCGUCAGUCGCCAGUCGCCACCCCAGUCGCUCGGCCGACUCCAGCAGCAGUCUCCUCCACCUCCAGCCACCGAGCUAGGGUUUCGACCCAAAGCGCACCUUCGCCGUUUCCGGCGCCGCCGCCGGAAAUCGAGGCACGGCGACUCCAGCGACCUCCUCCAGCCGCUGCACGCCGUCCCCGACCUCCUCCUCCCACGGAAUCGACCGCGUCUUCCGUCAGUCAGCCGAGCGCCUGCCCCGACCUGCAGCCGCCGGAUUCGAUUCUCGCCUAGGUUGGAUGUGGACCUCCGUGAUUACUUGGUGAAGAGGAACUUGCAGAACACUGCAAAGGCAUUCCAAAUCCAAGCGGAAGGCAAUUUAUCGCCAGACUCUGUUGUUGAGUGCUACUCCGUGAUGUAUCCGGAUCAAAUUACGUAGUUGUCAGGAGGGCUCCAUUUUAGUUUCCAAGCUCUAUCUUUCUGCAUUAGGGCCAAAUAUUUUGGCUCCUAGAUCUAUUAUUUCCCAGCCAAGAGGACGCAUAUAGUCAGCGAAUCACUGAACAACUUGAAGCUUCUAAUGGUGGAACCAUUGACAGUUGCUGCCGGGAUAGGAUGGGGCAUGAAAGCUGCAGGGUGGGUUGCCUCGCCCAUCAUCUCUGAGCUUUUCAAGAAAGCUUCCCCCUACGUAGGCUUUGACGCAUAGAAGAAGCUGAAGGAACUUGAGACAAAGAUUUUACUGCUGGAGCAGGUGAUGGAAAUGGUGGAUGAGAGUCGUCACAGGGGUCGUCUCCAGCAGCUGUUCGAGGAUCUUAAGUCUGCUUUUUAUGAAGCUGAAGAAAUAUUGGAUGAUGUUGAAUAUCACCGUCUUAAGAAGCAGAUCAAAGAUAAUAAGAUGAAGCCAGACAGCGACGUGUCUCUACGUAAGAGGGAUUGGGUGAAGAAGAAGCUCCAAUCUGCCGUGCCGAGCUUCCCCCUAAAAGAUCAGAAGAGUGGUAUGGCAAAAACUAAGUUGAAGCAGAGCCUAGACAAAAUAGAAAAGGUCAUAAAUGAUACAUGCGGAAUUUUGGAAAAGAUGAACUUGCCAAGCAUAAUAAACGCUAACCGGAGCCAUGCUGUUGCUGCUAGCUCACGAGGUGCAGUCACUACUGCGACGCCUCCAUUAGUGGUAAUUGGACGAGGUGAAGAUUGUGAUAAGAUUGCUGCAAUGCUUCAUGAGACGGAACAAGAUGGUCUUCCUGGCACCAAUAGUACUCUGCGUUAUUCUGUAAUUGGCAUUCAUGGCAUCGGUGGUUCUGGGAAGUCAACCCUUGCACAACUUGUUUGUGACCGUGAGAAAAAGGAUAAGCAAGAGAAAAAGGAUGGUCAUUUUGACCUUGUUAUGUGGGUUCAUGUUACUCAGAGUUUUAGUGUGGAUACCAUUUUCAAGAUGAUGUUUAACGCAGCUACAGGGACUCCGUGCCCUCAUUUCGAUAAUCCUGACAUCUUAGAAGUUAAUUUGAAGAAUGAACUGCAAGGAAAACGGUUCCUCUUGGUACUAGAUGAUGUUUGGUACAGUAAUGGAGAUGAUGUGCAGUAUGAGAAGCUGCAAAAGAUACUUACACCACUGAACGCUGGAGAGGCAGGAAGCAAGAUCCUCUUGACUAGUCGAACUGAAGAUGCAUUGAUAGCUCUAGGUGCUGAAGAGCAGAGACGCAUUCUCAUUCCUGCCCUAGAUGAAGAUGUCUUCCUGAAGUUAUUCAUGCAUUAUGCACUUCCCAGUGUACCCAUUGAUGAUGGUGUUCGAAGAACACUUGAAGACAUCGGGAAAGAGAUUGCAAAAAAGCUGAAGGGAUCACCUCUAGCAGCCAGAACAGUGGGUGGACAACUGCGUACAAGAACAAAUGUUGAUUUCUGGUUAGGUGUUCGAGAUGGGGACAUUCUUAACGAGACGAUGGGAGCUCUUUGGUGGAGCUACCGACAUCUUGAUGAGCAGGUCAGGCGAUGCUUUGUUUACUGCAGUAUUUUCCCUCGGAGUCGUUGCUUGAAACGAGAUGAGUUGGUUAAACUGUGGGCUGCAGCAGGGUUUGCUAGAAGUGCUAAUCAAGGGGAGGAUACGGAAAAUAUUUGCCAGGAAUACUUUGAUCAACUAGUGUCAGCCUCAUUUCUGCAAAUUGGAGUAAGGGAUCAAAAUGACUACUAUAUAGUACAUGACCUGCUGCGUGAUUUAGCGGAGAAGGUGGCCGGAAGGGAUCAUCUCAGGAUCGAAAACCAUGCGAAGUUAAUAAAGCAUGACUUUUGUUAUAAGAAAUUAGAAUGGAUAAUUGAAGGCUCUGCAGUAGAUGUUGACGUUCAACAUGUUUUUGUUCAGACCUAUGAUGCAGCAUUGAUUACUGAGAAGAUAUGUAAACUGAAAAGCUUACGCACUCUCAUCAUUGAUAGUGUAUGGGCUGCACCAGUUGAGAAGAAAGUUUUGGAGCAUAUGUUUGUGAGGCUAAAGAAGUUGCGGGUGCUUAGCAUAGCUAUCAGUGCAGAUUACGGACAAAAGAUGUUGUCAGUCCCAGCAUCAGUUGGUCAGUUAAGGCAUCUACGAUAUCUUGCUUUUCGGACUAAAGAGAGUCAAUUGCUGUCUAUGAGGCUUGUUUUACCAGGCACUUUGAGCAAGCUUUACCACAUGCAGGUCCUACAUUUUGGUGGUAAUUUGCUGUUAACCUCUUCUGAAGAUUGGUGUGACCUCAUCAACUUGCGGCAUGUAAUCUAUUCUAAAGAUCUGAAAAUUGGAAGCAUUGACAGGCUGACAUCACUGCAAACGUUGGGAAGGUUCAUGGUAAGGAAGGAACAAGGGUACCAGUUAAAGCAACUGGGGAACCUAAACAAGCUUGGUGGCGAACUGUGCAUUUGUGGCAUCGAAAACAUUGAAAGCAAGGCGGAAGCUCUUGAAGCCAAUCUGGCUGAUAAGGGCGGGCUCAGAAAACUGGUACUGCAGUGGGAUGGUGUAGCGAGUGCAGAAGUUGAGACAGAGGUACUAGAGGGUCUUUGCCCACCCAAGUAUCUCGAUGAAUUGACAAUCGAAGGUUACAUAGGUCUGAGGUAUCCAAGCUGGAUGGAUGGUGAGGACAACGGUGGCCCAAAGUACUUGAAAAAUCUCAAGUUCAGUGGAUGCAGCCAAGAACUGGGUCCAGAACUUCGUGGGUUCGUCAGUCACCUCCGUGUGCUCAGUAUCCAGUUCUGCAGCUGGGUCUCCUUGCCAGAUUGUAUGGAGCACCUUCGGUCACUGCAUGAGCUGAGUAUCCGCUGCUGUAGUAAUAUUCGGUCGCUUCCAACAAUGCCGCAGUCACUUCAGGACUUUCGAGUCCAUGCAUGCAAUGAUGUGUUGAUGGGUUCGUGCAAAAUAAUUGGAGAUCCAAAUUGGGAGAAGGUUCAGCACAUUCCGCGCGCACGUAUUGGAGGCUACGUGCUAACAAUGGGAGUUGUUAGAGAACCCGAAGAAGCACAAGCUGAAGUGGUUAGCGACUGAAAUGGUGAUGCAGACUGCAGUCACUGCGUCAUAAACACUGGUUUUUAUCUGUUCCCAUCGAAUUCAUGUUUUAUCAAACGCACCGUAAUAAGUAGUUCUGUCUGUGAAACCACGAACACUGAAACUGUGUGUUUCCGGUGGUUUGUAAUGCCGAAGAAUGCUGAACACCCAAUCUAUUUGUUUCCGAUGGCUUGCAA